AUGGCGUGUUCUCUCCCCAAAGAUGUGUCGCUAUAUCGGAAAUUUACUCAAAGGCCUAUCAACAGAUAUAACUCUUAUGGGCCUCCUUUCGACAUACCCAUAACUAUAACUGAUCGCGAUGGUUCUCUUAUCCAUGAACAAGAAGGCGAGGCCCUUCUUACCGCCAUAAUUGCCCAAGACGACGUUGAAUUCCUCGAGAGAUAUUUCUCUAUUGAUCCUCGCGCCAUCCCAAACCCAUUUGGGCUCCCUGAUGACGAUGAGGCCAUUUGUUAUCAUGCAGAUCGGUUCAAUUACGCUGCCAAAUGUGGUAGUCUCAGAAUCCUCCAAAUGCUUUUCAAGUACGCAACAAAAGGCCUUGAUAAGACGAAGCCAGUCAGAUUAGAAAGGGCCAAUUUCCAGCUCUUAAAUGUGGCGGCCCAAUACGGUCAAAUCGAGAUUGUACAAUGGCUCCUCGACACCAAGCCGUUAUACGCCGGUAUUCACGAUCGCGAUCUCCGAGGCUUCACCGCGCUUGCAGCAGCUGCAGAUCUCUUUCCAUUCCGAUGCGCACCCGCCUGGCAUGAGAUCUGUUUCAACAACAAUGAGGCGAUAAUGAAUCUGUUACUUGAUCAUGGCGCCUGCGCUGCUGAUGUUGUUCAUCCAACAGGCUGUAUGGAUCAGAAGCGCCCUACCGUUCUAACUUUAGCUGCCCAGUGGGCAAGCUCUGACUUACUUGGAAGACUGAUCGAUGGUGGUGCUGAUGUUCAUUACAAGGUAUUGUCAAACUCAUGGGAGCUGAAAUUUCGAGAUCAACGUGAUUUUCCCGUCCAAAUCGAGGUCAAUGCACUGUUUCUUGCAUCCUUCCGGGCAAACCGCGACGGCGUCAAGACCCUGGUUGAUCGCAGAGGUGACGAAGUUGAUAUCACAGACAUGCUCUUACAUUUCGCUCCUGCAACAACCAACGUCCAAGACAAUGAUGGAAAUACAGCAUUACAUUACGCCACCCGCUAUUUGGGCAAGAAUGGCAAGAUGUACACUCCUGUUUUCGAACUGCUAUGCAGCCGAGGCACAGAUGCAAGUCUACGCAACUACAAAUACCAAACGCCUCUGCAUACCCUGUUUGAGGUCCAAAGCGAUGACGGACCCAUUGACCCAGCUGCUAUAUCACUUUUACUCGCCCAUGGCGCAAAGGUUACAGACGUCGAUGAUGCUGGCAACACGCCAUUACACCUCGCAACCAGGUCGUGGCAUUUCGUUGAUGCUGUCUCAUUUUUGCUUGAGCAUGGUGCCGACCCUUCUCAAAGAAAUCUGAAACGAGAAAAUGCCCUUCACACUGCUGCUCGUGGUGUCUGUCCGGGAAAUGGAGAGGAAACUACAGAAAUGUCGGGGAAUAUGAUAGCCAGGUUGUUGAAAGCUGGAGGGGUUGAGCUGAUGGAUGUACCCAACACAGAUGGAAAGACGGCACGACAGAUAUGUCAAGAGCAGGAUCAUGAAGAGAUAGAGGAUAAAGAAGUGACAGAUGUAAACUAA